AUGCAUCCUGUAAGAAAUAACUCAGAAAAAUCACACACUGUUUCACAUGAGCAACUGCAACAGAAUGUCUCCACGCACAUCAAAAUAUGGAAGCGCUGUACCUGCACAGAGGAGACACUGUCAUGUACUGGUUUCAGUCCAAAGAGGAGGCUCCACAGAGUGCCCUUGCCAGAGCCCAACAACCGAAACACCUUCACCAUCCUAAAUUUCCAUGGAAACUCUAUUUCUUAUAUUGAUGAAAAUAUAUGGAAGUCAUACCGUUGGUCUGAGCAACUAAUUCUCAGUGGCAAUUCUUUGACUGAAUUACAUAAGGAUACAUUUGAAGGCCUGCUAUCACUUCAGUAUUUAGACUUAUCCUGCAAUAAAAUACAGUCUAUUGAGAGACGUACAUUUGAAUCAAUACCAUUUGUGCAGUUUAUAAAUCUUGGUUGCAAUUUACUCACAGAACUGAGUUUUGGAACAUUUCAGGCCUGGCAUGGGAUGCAGUUUUUACACAAGUUAAUUCUCAGUCGUAAUCCUCUGACAACUAUUGAAGAUUCGUAUCUUUUUAAAUUGCCAGCAUUGAAAUAUCUAGACUUGGGGAAAACACAAACACCUCUUGGACCAGUUGAAAACAUCCUUAUGAUGACUCUUGACUUGGAAAAACUGAUCCUACCUAACCAUCUAGCCUGUUGCCUCUGCCAGUUUAAAAAUAAUAUUGAAGUUGUCUGUAAGACAGUCAAGCUACACUGUGACAAUGCAUGUCUGACCAAUACCACACACUGUGAUGAGGAAGCAUCUAUAAGUAACACAGAAGGGGAAUUCAUGAAGGUCUUACAGGCUCGAAAGAAGAAUACCAGCACUGAGCUUACCAUUGAACCAGAGAAGGCCUCAACAGACAGAAAUAGUCUGUCCGUUUUCAUGAAUGAUCAGCUGGACUUCAGUGAUGAGAGCGACGUAAUUAGCGCACUAAACUACAUAUUGCCUUAUUUCUUGGAUGGGAAUCUAGAAGAUGUCGAAUCAACACUGUUACCCUUCAUUAAACUUCUUUUUUCAAAUGGAAAAAGCUUAGCAAAGGCUCCCCCAGGAGAGAGGCAACUAUUGAGAGGGAAUCAGAUUCUCAAGGGCCUAAAGGACAUACAGAAAAGUUACUUCAGAAGAGGGGGUAUUCACAGCCGCCAGAGGAAAGAGAAUGCCCAGCCAAUUAUGGAGAGCAUUGUCCCAAAAAGAAGUCUCAGACAGCCGGCCCCAAAAGAAUUGAAACAGCUCCAUCUGGUAGGAAGGUGGCCCGGGAAGUUAGUGGAAAACUCCUUCCAUGUGGAACCUUCAUUCGUACAAGAGCGCAGGGAAGCAGUGCCCAAUUUCCGGAAACAAUACUCCCUGGGCAGUGCUCCAGCCACCAUUUCUGCAAAAGCCCCACCUGUGGUGAAAAACAAGUCCAAAAAGUUACGCUACACUCUCUCCAUUUUAAAUGACGCAAAUGCUCAAAUUCAGAACAUGAAUUUUCCCAAUCCCUCAUCACACUUUGGGAAACACUUUCGCUUCCAUAAACCCUACUCUCGCCUGAUCCAAAGAAUGCCCAAAGCCAGAAUGAAUUUGAAAUCAAGAAAAGAGCCAGCGCAGAUGCAGGCCAAGAGGCCUCUCUUCUCCGAGGUGAGGAGCCUCAUAAAUUCCCCUUUACAAGAGGCUUUGCAGGCCGAGGGAGAUCGGGACACUCCUCUCCUGGAUUCGUUUAACCUUCCAGAAUCGUCAAUGGAUAACACGAGUGUAGAAAACAGUCAUGCUCAAAGUGGGGCUAAUACCGGGCAUGUUACUUCGCCACACAAAACCAUCAGUAACUCCAGCACUAGUCAGGAGAAGGGCACUAGAACCACGAAUGUCAUGCUGAGCAUCAAACAAUCCAGUGACACGCUGUGGGAGUACCAGAAUGUGAUUACGGAAAUCACCCCCAGUUUCUCAGACUCUACUACACCAAAACCAAACCCCGGUGAUCAACUUGAAAUUCAGCUCAACCAACAGCUGCGGACCCUCAUCCCCAACAACGAUGUAAGGAGACUGAUUGCUCAUGUCAUCCGAACCCUGAAAAUGGACUGCUCUGACAGCCAGGUGCAGCUGGCCUGUGCCAAGCUCAUCUCCAGAACCGGUCUCCUGAUGAAGCUUCUGAGUGAGCAGCAAGAAGUGAAGGUCUCCAAGGCAGAAUGGGAUACAGACCAAUGGAAGACGGAGAACUAUAUCAAUGAGAGUACGGAGGCCCAGAGCGAGCAGAAAAAGACCAAGUUAAGCGAGUUCACAAAAGAAGUUCCAGGAUAUGGCUAUAACAAAUUAAUCUUGGCAAUAUCUGUAGCUGUAGUAGUCAUGAUAUUGAUUAUCAUUUUCUGUCUCAUUGAGAGAUUAUCUGAAGAACUGUCACAAACACCCCACUCUCAGGAGAUCUCUGUGGAAUUGGAACCCAAAUAA